AUGGAAUCAAAAACCCUAACCGACACAAUCGUGCCAAAACAGGACGAGACCGAGACAGAGUUGAAGAAGAAUCAUGAAUGGUACCAAGCCCUAAUCUCCACUUUUCCUCACGUGGAAGGCUGGGGACCUGAAGAUCCCCUGAUUGAAUACGGUGGUCACUGGUGGCUUCAGUUCUUCCUCGAAGGUUGUCUUUUCGCGCAAGACUUCUUUCAAGCCCGAGCCAACGACUUCCUCGUCUGUAGCUACCCAAAGACAGGUACAACUUGGCUCAAAGCACUGACUUUCGCCAUCGCCAAUCGAUCACGCUUCGACGAUGCCUCGAAUCCUCUCCUAAAACGUAACCCUCACGAGUUUGUUCCUUACAUCGAGAUCGACUUCCCGUUCUUCCCUGAAGUAGAUGUUCUCAACGACAAAGGAAACACUCUGUUUUCGACCCAUGUGCCGCACGGGUCAUUACCUGAUUCGGUUGUGAAAUCGGGCUGUAAGAUGGUUUACAUCUGGAGAGAUCCAAAAGACACUUUCAUCUCCAUGUGGACUUUCAUCCACAAGGAAAGCUCAGAGCUUGGACCGGUUCCUCUCAACAAUCUUGAGGAGUGUUUUGACAUGUUCUGUCGAGGUCUGUCCGCGUAUGGUCCUUAUUUUGAUCAUGUCCUGUCGUAUUGGAAAGCUUACCAAGAGAAUCCAGAUCGGGUUUUGUUCCUCAAGUACGAGACUAUGAGAGCUGAUCCUUUGCCGUACGUGAAGAGUUUAGCUGAGUUCAUGGGUUAUGGAUUCACCGCUGUGGAAACGAAGAAAGGGGUUGCUGAGAAAGUGGUUAAUCUUUGCAGCUUCGAGACGUUGAAGAAUCUUGAAGCUAACAAAGGAGAUAAGGUGAGAGAGGAUCAUGCUGCUGUUUAUGCGAAUAGUGCGUAUUUCAGGAAAGGUAAGGUUGGAGAUUGGGAGAAUUAUCUGACUCCUGAGAUGGCUGCUCGUGUCGAUGGGUUAAUGGAAGAGAAAUUCAAGGGCACCGGUUUGCUUGAGCAUGGUAAAUGA